CAAUAUUCGGAGGUAUGUCCAACACCAACAGCGCAUGCGCACUGAACAGUCCACGCCAUCAGGAAAUAAACACGCGCGAGGAUUCCGCGUUUGAAUUCGAGCAGCAUGGAUUCAGCAUGGGUGGCUUUUGAUACGGAAACCCAGACUAUGCUUCAAACAGCGAUUAACGAUCCAAAGACAGUUGAUUUGGAGAAGCUUUCUAACGCCAUUGUAACCCAGUCAUUGAAAGACCUCUCAUUCUGUAAAGAUGCUGGCCGCAUAUGUUAUGCUGUAGUUCAGGCAGAGGCUCAGAAAGCUGCAACCAGUGAGUUCAGGCGAAAGCUGUUGAAUCGUCUACAGCAAGAGUUCAUUGCCAGGGAGGAGACUAGAAACCGCUCUGUGCAGGAGUGGGUGUGUGUGGUCACGUUUAUUUGCAGCAUAUUUGAUUACAUCAAGGUAAACAAUGCUCCUGUUGUGGCCCUUGUAGAUCCAAUAUAUGACUGCCUCUUUACUUUAGCUCAGCCAGAUUCCUUGAUGAAUGAGGAAGAGGUGGACUGCCUGGUCUUACAGCUUCAUCGUGUUGGCGAGCAGCUGGAGCAAACAAACUCCCAGCGCAUGAAUCAGCUCUUUUACUUGCUGCGGGAUGGAUUUCUUCUUCAGGAAGACCUCAGCUCCAUGACAAGGCUGUUGCUCCUAGAGAUCUUGGAGUUCAGGGCCAGUGGCUGGACCCUCACUGAAACUGCACACAAGUACUACUACAGUGAAGUAGCUGACUGAGGAGAGAAUGAGGUUCCUUGUUUAGCAUUAGGUUUUCAAGAGUUUAUUGUUCAAGUUCUAAAGAGUACUUCAUGGGAGAAAGAAGUGGAAACCCCAUGUAACAGUACUGUGGAACAGUAAGGCAGAGCUCGAGUUCAUGCAUUUGCAUGUGUUUUGUUCGGCGUUUGAGUUCAGCUCAGAAUGUUCAGAUUUGGUGUUCUCUUUUCUGGAAUCUACACUGGAUGAUGAUUCGAUGCAAUAAGAAAAGCUAUCGCUACCAGCCCCAAAACUGAGUCACCAGCAGUAUACAUGAAUGGCAGUUGUAUUUUCUUUUCUUUUUUUUUUUUUUUAGUUUGAUACAGUGUACACUUAGUUUGUACAGUUUCAUUUUUUUUUAAUAGUUAAGGGUUAGUGCCAUAUCAGUGGAAGAUGCUCUGACUUUUACCUGUGUUGUAAGUACAUUAGGAUGCCUUGUAAAAGUUUCUUAAUUUUAUAUUAAUUUAUCAAAUGGCCUACAUUGUCAAAGUUUCUGUUUGGGCCAAUAUGUGUGAAAAUAAAAGUUCAGUCUUGUUGGCUGCUGUAAGAUUA